AGUGCUGGUAUCGCAACACAUUGUGCAAGACUAAUCUAUGUCGAUGUAUCGAUUAUUCAUAGUCAGUUUAAUGAUAUUUUACUUUGCGCAUUUUGGUAACACCGUUUUCGUGAACAGUGUGACCUGUGCUGUUGACAGCAGAGUCGGAGUCGGAGUUUUGUUACGUGUGGAAAUUAAUAAGAGAAAACUGUGAAAAUUGUGCAAAUCAUUCUAAACAAAUAGCCAAAAGCAACUGGUCGCUGGCUGCCAUGAAGUUCCGUGCCAAGAUGUUGGACGUGCUCUAUAUGCGCGAGUUCCAGGCUAUUGCCGCGACGUUGGCCAAGCUGGCCAAGGAUUGCGUCAUGAUAUUGGGCCAGGAGCGCAUGCAUUUCAUUGUGAACGAGGAGCAUUGCUCGACCUCAUCGCCGCUCGUGUGGGUCAGCAUUGGUUCCAAAGAUUAUUUUCCGGAAUACAAAAUGACGCCAGCACGUCCAGACGAGGACUUCAUAGUGCUGGUCAUGUCUGCGAUGCAUCUAAGUCGCGCUUUGGCCGUGCUGCGCUCCGGCACCAGCAGCAGCGUGCACAGCUGCAAGUUGAAAUUGAAGCAGAUACAAUUUCCCUGCAUCUCGGUGAUUGCCUCUGUGGUGUCGCCUAGUUCCGCCGAGCCGCGCGAAGUGGUGCACGAUGUGCCCGUCACCGUAGUCCCGGCGAGCGAUUGGCCCUCGUUUGUCCUGCCCAAGGUGCCGAGCACACAGCUUGUGCUGGGUGUGCCCUCGCUGCGUCUUCUGCGCAGUCUGAUAGACAAGCUAAAGAACAUAUCGCCCAGUCUCAUAUUCCAUGGCAGCGCCACAGGCGAACUGAAUCUGGUGGCCGAGUCCGAAAUGGCCACAAUCACAACUCGCUUUAGUCGCCUGCUGCUGCACAAGGUCAACCAGCCGCAGUCGUCGUCGGCGGCGGCCUCGGCAUUGGAGGUGUCCUGCUCUGUGGACACACGCAAGGCAUCCGCGUUCUUUAAUGCUCUCCAGCUGCCCAACGAGGAGAUCAUGAUUGGCAUCGAUAACGAGCGCUGCAUCUGCUUGCAGCUGGAUAUUCGCAGCCAAGUAGUCCUACAUUCAAUUUUGCCAGCUGUUUGCAUUUAGCGGUAAAAAUAAACAUAAUAUUAAGCGAAAAUAAACUGUAAUCGAUAUGCAUAUUUGCGCGUGAGCUAUAUAUCGAUAUGCAAAUGGCAGCAAAUCAUCGAUAAGCGAAA